ACUUGUCAAAGAACCGACUGACAGACGUCCCCUCAGAGGUCUGUCACCUGGUUGCCUUGGAAACACUAAACCUGUAUCACAACUGCAUCAGGACCAUCCCAGACAGCAUCAUCACCCUGCAGUCACUCACCUCCUUAAACCUCAGUCGUAAUCAGCUGGGCUCUCUGCCGGCCUGUCUCUGUGGUUUACCUCUGAGAGUCCUCAACGCCAGCAACAACAAGCUGGUCAGUCUGCCAGAGACCAUCAGACACCUGCACAACCUCAUGGAGCUGGACAUCAGCUGCAAUGAGAUCACGGCUCUUCCUCGUCACAUCGGUCGACUCAAAGCUUUACGAGAACUCAACGUUCGUCGAAACCUCCUCUGCGUCCUGCCAGAAGACCUGGCUGAUCUUCCUCUGGUGAAGUUUGACUUCUCCUGUAACAAGGUCUCCACCAUCCCAGUGUGUUUCAGGAAGAUGAAGCAGCUUCAGUCGCUCCAGUUAGAAAACAACCCACUGCAGAGCCCACCCGCACAGAUCUGUUUAAAGGGAAAAGUUCACAUAUUCAAGUAUCUGAGCAUCGAGGCGUGUCGCAGCGAGAAGAUGCCCGACUCGCUCUACCUGCCCGUCAUAGAGCGGCUCAGCCUAUCACGACCCUCCACCGGCAGUGUGGAGGACAUGGAGCAGCAGAAGAAGCAGGACAGCGACUCAGGAGUCGGCAGCGACAACGGAGACAAGAGACUGUCUGCUACUGAGCCGUCAGACGAGGACAGUCUGAGUCUCAAUGUGCCGAUGAGCCACAUCACUGAGGAGGAGGGGAUCAGUAAAGACGACUCCAGUGAACACAUCAGCUCCUUGACAGCAGAUCCAAACUCCGACUCGGUGCGUCUGAUCGAGGAGAGUCCUACGGAGGCCCUGAAGGAGCAGUUUGGCUACAGAGACUCGGCUCUCAGCACUCGCUUCGUCAGCUACAUCAAGGCAAGUGGUCACGUUGUGUCGGUGCGUGAUUAAAGAUUGAUGCAGUAAAUGGUUCACUUCAUGAAUAAUGGGUUACG